UUGCACUACCAGCGAGUCAGACGCGGAACUAUUGCCAACAAGUAUCUCUAACGGAGGUCCAUGUCAUGGGCUCCUACCCAACACGUUGCAGCUCCCUGAGCGAUGAAAGUGAAUUCAGCAGUGAUACAGCUUCAGAACCUGAACAAAGUGAAGAGUGUUACGCGCCAGAUGAUGAAGCGUGCUCGAGUGGUACAUCGAGCCAAGCAUCUCUGUCAGCUGUCUGUUCCGGUCUCAGCGGUGCAGUCAAACUGCGGUCCCAACAGGAGUUGGAAGCGAGUGUUGCCGAUGUGCCUGACAGCACAGCAUGCAGCUUGGACGCCUGGCGUGUUAGCAUUGAUGACCUGCCGGACGAGAUACUGAUAAAAAUCUUUUCUCACAUGUCUUUCAGUGAGCUGGUGGACGUGAUACAGAAAGUGUGCACCCGGUGGAAGAGGCUGUCACAAGAUGCAUAUUUGUGGUCUGACAAGACGUAUUUUAUAACAAUGGGGUGCAUUGUCAUUUCUGACUGUUGGAAGGCCGACAAGACUGAUCAGCAGGCAGUCCAGACUAUCUGCGAUUGCCCGAACCUCCGUAGCCUUGUCAUGUGCCGUGGCGCCAAAUCCCGUGUCUUCCGUGCACUCUACAACACGUGCCACAGACUCUCUGAGCUGUACCUCCAUCCCACACAGAAGCUCAGCUAUGAGGUGCUGAAGAACUUAGUGGAGAAGUGCCCCAAAAUACACACACUGAGGAUAUCCAGAGAACUUCUGAAGUUGCAGAAGUUUGCAGAAGCAGUGUCGCAGUUUCAGCACCUCCGUGUGCUGGAACUGCAAGACCACUUUAUGGGGAACCGUCUUCUGCUGCGACCUUUGGGUGAUGGAUGCCCACAGUUAACUGUGGUGCACUUUGGAUUCAUGACUGUUGAUCUGGAUGAUCUGAGAUAUUUUCUGAAUGCCAAAAGGAACAGCCUUAAAUCUAUAUGCAUAAACUGGACAAUGGACAGAAGGUGCAUCCUUCCAUUACUGUCAGUCUGUGCUGACAGCUUGGAACGUUUGGAACUUUCAGAGUACAACAUACACGAGGAAGAAUCAGUGGAAGCAUUCACUGCCCUGGGAACCUUGAAGAACUUGCAGGAGCUCAAGAUGUUAAUCUUCUAUCCAGCACCACCUGGUGCAGCUCCUCUGGCAUUCGAGACUGGAGGCCUGCCAAAACUGAGAGUGCUGGAUCUGCGAAAUGGGUUCGGGCUGGACGAUGAGACAGUAAUUGCCAUUUGCCGCGGGUGCCCCGCUUUGCGGGAACUUAAUGUCGGAAACGCCGAGCUGCUGUCUGACGCUGCCUUCUCUGAGAUCUAUCGCCUGCAACAUCUUGAAAUACUGGAUGUGUCAGGUUGCGAAGGUCUCGGUGGAGCUCUGAUACCCUGCCUUGCCAGGCUUCCACGACUUCACACGUUGGUGAUGGAAUACAUGGAGUUUCCAAUGUUGCAGCCAGGUCUGAGCAGUAUCCUCCAGUUGACUAGUAUCCGUUGCCUGACGCUCAAUGAUUCGAUUCUUAUUGGAAUGCCGUUUGAUAAGUUUGCGGGCAAGCUAGUGAAUCUCAGGGAGCUGUAUGUUCACUCAUGUAUAGGGGACAGUGAAGCGCUGCAUAUACUGAAAGAGCAGAUGCCCAGCCUGAAAAUCUAUGGCACCAUUGAAGAGCACGAACCACCUGAGAUUGAGGAUGAACUGGAGGGCGAUAUAGAUCAUGUGGAAGCAGAAUAUGACGAAGAUGACUCGGAUGGAGCAUACUAUGGCAGUUCAGAGAGUGAGGAAGACAGUGUUGGCUAAGUGUCAAUGUGACAUAUUUGUUGCCUUUUCAGAGGAAAAAAAUUGGUGAAAUAGUAUCUAUAGGGAACUAUAGCAGUCGCUGCUUGUCAAAUCUUAGUUGGAACUGAAAAUGAAUCAAAAUUUAACAUUUUUCAAGUUCUGUUACUGACGUAUGUAUUGUCCUGACCAACAGUAUGGCAUGCAGAUAAAAGUUGUGUAGUUUUAUAACAUUAUUUUUAAAUUUGCUUUUGCUGUAAUUGUUUGAUGUGACAAAAGCCAAAAACGUUUCAAUAAGGUAACUGCAAGGUACUCUGGAAAUGCAUGGAAGGAGGUGAUGUCUGCAAACCCUUGUUGUUAUGCCAAGGGUUCACAGUUCCUCUUCCCCCAACAAUAAAAGGAAAGAGAGACGGAACGGAAAAACACUCUUCAUGUAGAUCAGGUUGUUCAAUAUUAAGUGCCUGCUCACAGACACAGGUAGACAAAUGGCUGAAGUGUGGCAGUCAGGGAACUUGGCCGCAGCUUCCAUAAUCAAAUGCAUUGGUUGAACACCCACCAUAGGGGUGGGUAAAUGUCUUGUGUGUGCAGCAGAAUGAGACAUGAAUGCAGUACAUUAGAGCAAUGUGUCAGGUAGCCCAUCAGUUGUGCUGGCCCAGCAGGCAAGAUCUGGGCACUCACAAGUGUUCACGCCUCUUGGGAUUAAGUGGGAACAGGCUGGUGUAAGUGUGUGUGUGAAAUCUUAUGGGACUUAACUGCUAAGGUCAUCAGCUCCUCAGCUUACACACUAUUUAACCUAAAUUAUCCUAAGGACAAACACACACACCCAUGCCCAAGGUAGGACUCGAAGCUCCGCCGGGACCAGCCGCACAGUCCAUGACUGCAGCGCCUUAGACGGCUCGGCUAAUUCCGCGCGGCUGGCUGGUGUAAGGGUUACUUGAGGGACAAAUUGAGGAUAACAGCCCAUGCUCAGAAACAUCAUGCAACAAAACCACAGGGCGUCAAUGUUCUGACGGGAAAUUACUGACCUUGUAUCACCCAAUCGGCAGAAAAAAUAAGUUGUAACGUUAACGCCUCUGCACUAACUGUGUCUAAUGUAUUGUUGUAAAAAAUGCAGGUGCAUUAGAAGCAUCUGACAUCCUAGGUAUUGUCAAGUCCAUUAAGAGGAUUUUGGCCUGUAGUGUGUAUGUGCAAACUCAAGUUUACUGACAAAUGGUUGACCUAAUGGCAGGUGUAUUGCACUUUAAGUGUCGUUUCGUUGUGUUGGACGUGGACGUGGAUUGAUGUCCUGAAUUUAUUCUCCUAGAAACGAACCACACAGACAGUUUCCUUGCACCAAAACAGGAAAAAAAGUCUUGCGAACAUGGGCUCCAAAAUGCAUACCUUAAGAGUUAAGAAACAUAUGUGUUCUACUGCAAGGACUUUGAUCUUAAUAUUUUGGGAGGAAGUAAUAUGGAGCAAACCAAGAAAAAAAUUCCAGUAAACAUGUUGGUCUCAGGUGCAUUUUUUAAGAGCUAUGUGCACUUGUUCAUCUUUGUAAGUGUGCAACACAUCACUUCUCCUGAACAAGGAAAAGAGAUAUGCUUCACAUUUCCAAAGAAGCUCGUAAGGUAUUCGUUUUAGAGCCCAUAUUUAUCAGAUUUUUUCUUGUUUUUGUGUAAGAAAUCUGUAGCUGUGGCUUGUCAGUGGUUUUCUAGGACAUUGAAUUCAUAUACUGUAUAGCUUGAAAAGAAUGUUAAGAACCUAGAAGGGAAGGAGGAAACAAAAUGAAACUUCAGUGGUUAAGAGGGUUUGUGAUGAUAUUUCAGUGAUUCCAAUAUAAAAUGAAAUUUACAAAUAACUUGGCAGUCAUUGUACCCCCUCUGGCCUGAACAUAUGCACCAAUUCAUUUUGGAAAGAUGUUUGCAAAACUGUUGUUUUGUAUCCCGAGACAAACUGGCUCACAGCUGUUAAAACUGGUCUUCAGUAUUCUGGAUACUGGCACUGGGUUGGAGCACCACAGGGUGAACAUCUGUGUGAGGGAACUGCUGCAUUUCAUCAUUCCACAGAGGCAGAAGUCACAUGCAGAAGUAAGUAACAUAGCUUAUACAUUGUUUAUAAACUAAACUGAAAUUCUCUUACAU